AUGGCCAUGCAUCUCACUUUUUCUUGGCUGCUGCUCUGGCUUCCCAAUGCGGCGGCCGGUGCAGGCGGGAGCGAUGCGCCGGGAAUUGAAACGGCCAGGCUCUAUGGAAACCUGAAUGCGUAUGCCUACUACUUCACGGAUCUUCUCGUUGGGUCGCCUCAAUCGCAGCUCACUUCGGUAAUCAUCGAUACCGGCAGCCACCUGCUGGGCUUUCCUUGCGGUGGCUGCGACCACUGUGGGAAUCACCUAGAACCAGCCAUCGACGUCGGCAAGUCUCAAACGGCGGAGUGGAUGCCAUGCACUGGCAAGCCGUUUUGUGAUGGCUGUUCCGAGAACAGGUGUAAGUAUCAAGAAAAAUACUCCGAAGGGAGUGCGAUAUCCGGUCAUUGGUUCGAAGACUAUGUGAAGCUCGGGGACGUUUUCCAAGAAAACCCACCGGUCAAAGCUCGCAUGGGCUGCCACGAUUCGGAGAAUAAGCUCUUCUUCACCCAAGAAGCCAACGGCAUCAUGGGCCUAGCGCCGAAAGAUGGGUACCAGAUGCCAGCAACUGCGAACAUCUUGCAAGAUCUCUUUCGAGACAAGAAGCACGUGGACGCCUCUGUCUUCUCGAUCUGCCUGGCUACGUGGGGAGGGCUUUUGUCGGUGGGGGGCGACAACGCCAAAUACCACACUGCAGGCAUGAAUUGGAUUCCCAUGGGAAUCAAAGGCUACUACUCAGUCACACCGAAGAGCAUGAUGGUCGACGACCGCCUGGUCGCAGCCAUCCCAGAUGACUUCGGAAGUGCAGUGGUGGACACUGGCACAACCUUGACUUACUUCCCACCAGCGGUCUUCAACAAUCUCAUUGCGGCCAUCGAUGCCUACUGCGCGUUGCCAGACAAGUGCAAGGGGCAACGCCUUGAGGGGCAUCCGCAUUGCUGGAAGUUCAAGAGUGUGACGGACCAAAACGAAGAGAUGCCAGCUAUACGUCAGGCAGCAUUCCCCACCAUCAAGAUGAAAUUCCGUUAUACAGAAGAGAGCGUGGAGGUUCACUGGCGGCCAGAGACCUAUCUCAGCAAAAGGGUGCGCGUUGGUGAGCUUUGCUAUGCCUUCCAGCCGAUGGCGAAGGUGGACCAGACGAUCCUUGGCAUUUCGUUUCUCUUGCACAAGGAUGCAGUUUUUGAUGUGAGCAAGCAGCGCCUCGGUAUCGUGGAUGCCAACUGCCCGCCGCAUUACAAGAUCCCGACGAAGCUUUCGCUGUGGGGCUUGCUGUCGGAUCCGAGCUGGCUGCUGCAGUCCAGGCUCUCGGUCUGCCUGCCGCUCUUGGUGGCCCUCUCUGGUGCUGGCUUUCUGCUGAUGGCUUUCAGAGUCUGGAGAAUGUCCAGUGCCUUCCAUGCCUCGCGAGUGGCAUCCGCAGAAUGCCCUUUCAUUGAGUGA